AUGAAGAAUCCUUUGUGUUCUCUUCCAUGCUUCUCUGUUUCAAAGAAAAAAUACUCUCAACUAUAUCAACGCUCACAACUGCCGGAGGGCUUAUGCCGUCACUUUUCACUAGCACAGAUCAAAGCCGCCACCGACAACUUCAACGAAGACUCAAUUAUUGGUAGAGGUGAUUACGGGACUGCUUACAAAGGGACUACGAAUGAUGGAACCAUAGUUGUGCUCAAGCGCUGGCAAAGCGAAAGCGGAUCAUAUCUAUUGAGAGAAAUGCAAAAUGAGGUACGUUUUCUUUGUCAGUUGCGCCACCCGCAUCUCGCUUCUCUCAUUGGUAUUUGCGAAGAGGGAAAUGAGGCGAUCCCGGUCUACGAGUACAUGAGCGGAGGGGCAUUAUCCGAUCGCCUCUACGGUCAGGGUUAUGCACCACUCCUUUGGAAACAAAGGCUUCAAAUAUGUGUUGGUGCAGCUCGAGGAUUGCAUUACCUUCACACUGGUGCAAAAUAUGCUCUAUUUCAUGGUCACAUCACCAGCCGAAACCUUCUUCUGAAUGAAGAAUUGUCUUGUAAAAUAACCGAUUUCGGGUUAUCGAAAUUGGGUUCCUUUUGCAUGUCAAAAGCUUCAAAAGUUCGAAGAGAGUCGAAAAUUAAGGGUAUUCAUGGGUACAUGGCUCCGGAGUAUGCCAUGCAUGGGGAACUUACUGAAAAAUCUGAUGUUUUUUCAUUUGGGGUGGUUUUGUUCGAAGUUCUUUUUGGCAGACCAGAAUAUGAUAGCUCACUACCAGAGGAAAAGCGAUAUCUGUUUGCUAUGGCCAUGGAAUCUAUAAUUGAAGGAACCAUUUAUCAUGCCAUUGAUCCACAAUUGAAGGGGAGGAUAGCUCCGGAAUGUUUGAACAAGUACUUGGAGAUCGCUUUUAGUUGUGUCCAUGAUAAGGGAAGCGAAAGACCAGAAAUGGGUGAGGUAGAGGUCACACUGGAGCUUGCCUUGGAGCUGCAAGACAGAGCUGAUGCUGAAAUGGAGGCCAUCAAUCCUUGUGGUCAAUAUAUGCAUGACGAGGCACCCAUUUCAAUUGACGCUGAAACCAUAAAAAUAAGCAGUCUGUUAAUUUAA